AUGAAAAAAACAGAGGAUGAAAGUGAAUUUAGUUACAUAGAAGGAAGUGAGACAGGGCCUGAGAAAUGGGGUACGAUAAAAGCAGAGUGGAAGGCUUGUGGUAAAGGGAAACGGCAGUCUCCAAUCGAUCUUCGGAAUCGGAGGGUGUCUAUAUUUCCUGAUUUUGGACAAUUGAAGAAGAAAUAUAGACCAGCUCAUGCUGUGCUGAAAAACAGAGGCCAUGAUGUUGCAGUGGAAUGGAAAGGAAAUGCAGGAAAAAUUAAACUGCAUGGGGUCCAUUUCAAACUGAAGCAGCUCCAUUGGCAUACACCUUCAGAGCAUACAGUCAAUGGAACAAGCUUUCAAAUGGAACUACAUUUGGUACAUAAAAGCGCUCGCGGGAAGAUUGCUGUUAUAGGAAAGACCUUCAAACUUGGACCACCCGAUCCUUUUCUUGCAAAGAUGAUUGAUCACGUAACUGAUAUACCAGCUGGGGAAGAAAAAGAUAUCGGGAUUGUUGAUGCCAGCGAUAUCAAGCAUUGGGGCAGAAAGUACUACAGAUAUAUAGGUUCUCUUACAACGCCCCCUUGCACAGAGGGUGUUAUAUGGACAAUAAGCAAGAAGGUUAACACAGUCUCAAAGGAGCAGGUGGAAAGCUUAAGGAGGGUGGUUCAUGAUGGACAUGAAGGAAAUGCAAGGCCAGCCCAGAGACUGAAUGGAAGACCAGUUUGGUUGUAUAUUCCAUUUCAAAUGGGACGUCCAUCAAAUUGAAGAUGAGAG